AUGUACAGCACCUGUCCACCCCUAAAAGAUCUUUCAAUGCUGCUACUGGGCUGCUUCACUGUACUUGGUGAUGAGGUUUAUUCAGUGAGUUGGACUCAGUCCCCUCAUCUUCCACCAAUCUACUCUCCUGUUGAAGCUCCUAAACCCGGCAAGCAUCACCACCCCGGUCACCAUCGUACCAGAAAUCAGCCACCGAGCCACCCACCUCUUCAGCCCCCGAGCCACACACCUCUUCAGCCACCGAGAAAACCGCCGCUUCAGCCUCCCACUCAGCCACCCAGUUAUCCUGUCUCAACCAGGGAGCUUGUAGCUGUGCAAGGUGUUGUUUAUUGCAAGUCCUGCAAGUACACUGGGAUUGAUACCCUCUGGAAAGCUUCACCACUUGCUGGUUAG